CUUUCUUCUCCCUCUUUAAUCUUCUGUAUGGGGAUCGUUGCUGGGUAUUUAUACUUUACCUAAUGAUUUUACUUACACUCAAAUUAAACCCAUUUGAAUUGUAAUUCCAGAAAGUGCCCGAUUGAAUCCCCAAAAUAUGUAUUUACUUUCUCUCUAAAAAAUAUCUUCUACAGCUGCCUGCGAGUUGUUCGAUGAAACUCCUAAUCGAGCGUUUCCUUCUCUUACCUAAUUUCAUGCUGCUUACAGAAUUUAAUCCUUCAACGGGGUUGAUAACAAAAAUUUGGGCAAUGCAUCAAUGGACUGAAGGCGCCUAUCGCAGGGGAUUUGGUCCCGGAUUGAUGAGGCGUGGGGUGUUCAAGAUGAGCUGAAGAAGCUUAAAAGCACCUUGGAGACGAUUGCGGCUGUAACUUCUGAUGCUGAGAACAAACAAGCAAAUGACGCCUCCGUUCGACUUUGGUUAAGAUGGCUCAGAGAUGUUGCAUAUGAUGCUGAUGACAUUCUGGACGAGUUCAACUAUGAAGCUAUGCGUCGAUCUGAGAUACACCGCAAAAGAGAUCAGGUACUAAACUUCUUUUCAUCCUCCAGCACUCUUGCCUUCCCUAUUAAGAUGGUUAAUGAAAUUAAAUCUAUUAACAAAAAAUUAGAUGAAAUUUCAAGUACCAUGGUCAAGUUUCAGUUGCAAACAUCUGAUCUUGAUGCUGAUCUAAUGAAUGAGCAGCUAUACCGUCAAACUUUUCACUUUGUAGAUGAAAAAAUUGUAGGAAGAGAGAGUGAUAAAACAGCCAUACUAAAGAUGCUAAUGAACUUCGACAAAUCACGUGUAAAUUCUAGUCGAGAAGAAAAUGUUUCUGCCAUAUCUAUUCUGGGUAUGGGGGGACUUGGGAAGACCGCGCUUGCUCAGCUGGUCUACCAAGAUGACUCCUUAAAGAAACACUUUGAAGUUAGGGCUUGGGUUUGUGUAUCUGACGAUUUUGAUAUCUUCAAAAUCGUAAAAAAUAUCAUUGAGUCUAUCACAGAUAAAAAGUGUCCUGAUAUAUCAAAUGUGAGUGUUUUGGCUGGUAUGCUUCAAGAAAAUCUGAAGGGAAAAAGAUAUAUGCUAGUCCUAGAUGAUCUGUGGAACGAGAAUGCAGAAGACUGGGAAAAGCUUAAGGAUCUGCUCGGUGUGGGUGCUCAUGGGAGCAAAAUCUUAGUAACAACGCGUAACAACAUAGUUGGGUCCAUUGUUAGGGGUAUAAUUCCACCUUACAGUCUAAAGUGCUUAUCCGUGAACGAAUGCUGGUCUAUUAUAAAAAACAGAGCAUAUUCUCCCGGUGGCGCAUUCGAGACUCCAAGUAUGACAAAAAUAGGAGAGGCAAUAGCUAGUAGAUGUGGUGGGUUACCACUUGCUGCGAAUAUUCUUGGCAGUCUUAUGCGCUUGCAUAAAACCAGGAAUGACUGGAUGUUACUCCUAGACAACGAUAGUUUGAAGACAAUAGAUGCGAGAACUAAAAUCAUGUCUAUACUAAAAUUAAGUUAUGAUAAAUUGCCCUUGCAUUUGAAACUUUGUUUUUCCUAUUGCUCUUUAUUCCCCAAGGAUUUGAGGAUUAAGAGGAAAACUUUGAUUCGCCUAUGGAUGGCUGAAGGGUUCCUUCAUCCAACUCAUGGUGAAAAUCGAAUAUCACUAGAAGAUGUUGGCAACAAUUAUUUCCAUUGUUUACUGGCCAAUUCGUUUUUCCAAAAUGUCAGAAAGAAUCAGUUGGGCGACAUCAAAACAUGCAAGAUGCAUGAUAUCACAUGAUCUUGCCCAGAGUGUCAAUGGCGUUCAUGAUAUCAAGAUUGUGAAUUCCAAUGAAAUGGAAUCUAUCUCUGAAUAUCGCCGUUUGCAGUUAGUUUUAGAAGAACAAACAUCAAAAACAUUUUCAAAAGUCUGGAAAACAAACAAAAAAUUUAGGUCUGUUUUUUCGCUUCAAAAUGAUCAUUUGAGAGAACAUUUACUUUGUUGCAAGAAUCUGCGGGUAGUUUAUUUUCUCGGUCGGCAUAAACUAGACAUUUCUUCAAUUUUUAAGCAUAAGCAUUUGAGGUACUUUGACCUGGCUUAUUGUAGUUUUGAUGAAGGACAUGAUGUGUCUAUCAAUAAACUUUACAAUUUGCAAACAUUAGUGCUUCAAGGAUGCAAAAAUGUUAGAAUGAUUCUUGUAGACAUCGGGUCUCUGAAGCUAUUAAGACAACUAAAUCUCUCGUAUUCGGAUGUUGAAAAGCUACCUGAUUCUAUUGUCAAGCUUACUGAUUUGCAGACAGUAAAUCUACAUUGUUGCGGUAGAUUAGUAGCCUUACCUGGAAAUAUUGGGUCUUUGAAAGAUUUUAGAGAGUUGAAUCUCAAAUGCUGUGAAAAUUUAGAAGUUCUACCUAAAGAAGUUGGAGCAUUGACACGACUAAGGUGCCUGGAUUUGUCAGACACUAUGAUCAAAGUAUUACCUGAGUCAUGCAUCAGCAACCUUUGCAGUUUGGAGAUAAUAGAUUUCGGAAAUAAGUGUGCCAUUCCCAAAGAAAUAAAAAGUUGGCCAAAAUUGAGAUUUCUCAAAUAUUUUGGUAGGAAAAGGAAUGAAAUGCCUAGAGGUAUAGAAACUCUAACAUGCCUUGAAUCAUUAAUUUUCUAUGUGGAGAAAAACAGAGACACCAUCUCUUCUAGCGGUGGUGGUAGUGGGAUUGAAAAAUUAGCCAACUUGAAUUCUCUACAAGUAUUAAAGAUUCUCAAUCUGGAGUUUGUGAGAGAUGGCAUUGACGCGAAGAAAGCUAAGUUAAAAGAUAAGAUGAAUCUUCAUGGUUUGUGUUUAGAUUGGCAAUCCACUUACAAAGAUGAUGACGGUGAAAUGGUGUAUGAUGAUGACAGUGACGAUGAAAUGACGCUUGAUGAGGUGUUGGAGGGUCUCGAACCUCACAUUAAUCUAAGAGAGUUUAAAAUACAUGAUUUUCCGGGAUUAAAGCUUCCGAAAUGGAUGGGUUUAUACAAUUGCCUUCCUAAUUUAGUGAAACUAGAACUUUCGGUUUGUUAUAGAUGUGAGAAACUACCAGCGCUGGGAAUUCUCCCAUGUCUUAAGGUUCUUCUGAUUGAUUCUAUGAAUUCAGUGAAGUCUUUGGGUGAAGAGUUUUACUACGAGCAUGAAGAAAAAGAAGAAAGAAUCGGCAGCAGCAGUAGUAAUUCUAGUACUAAAAAUGCUCCUGAAAUAUCAUUAUUCCCUUCGUUGAUUCAUUUGAAGAUCCAACAUAUGCCAAGACUAGAAGAGUGGGUUGCUCUCUUCCAAUUUAUAGUUCAUUCCCUUCCCUUGAAAAGCUACAAAUCGAGUAUUGCCCAAAUCUGAGAACCACACCAAAAUCAUUUCCUUUUCUCAAGGAAUUGAUAUUAGAUGACACCAAUAACAAGGCGGUAACUUCAAUCUUUGCUGCUGGAAGGCUGACAUCUCUCAUAUCCAUUUCUAUACGGAAAAAUCAAGAGCUAAUAUAUAUCCCUUUGGGGGUACUACUCCGAAGCAUUACUCCAAAUCUUCAAGAACUAUGUAUCAAGCAUUGCUAUAAGUUUAGAGGUUUUCUUGAAGAUGUUGAUUACAACAACUACAACAGGAAUGGUGGUGAUGAUGAUGAUGAUGAUGAUGAUGAGGAGGAGGAGGAGGAGGAGGAGGAAGCAUUUCUCCCCGCUCCUUAUAUCAACUCCAACUCCAACAAUAGAAGCGAUUCUCUCUGCUCAUUAACUUUGAUGAGUUGUCCUAUUUUAACAUUACUCCCGGAUUUACGAUCACUGAAAAAUCUCCGUGAGUUGAUGAUAUUGAGGUGCCACAAACUGGAAGAGUCAAUAAACUACGAUCUGAAGACUCUUAUCUUGCUUGAAGAGUUGUGGUUUGAUUUUAUUCAAAGCAAAUAUGAGCAUCCAGAAAAUCCAGCUGAUGAAUCAUUACGUAUCGAAAACAGGUAUAAUGUGGAUUUCUGAAUAGCCUCUAAGUUUCGAGUAUCGGUUGAUCAUCACAUAUACAUUCAAAUGGAGACUAAGAAACUGGAUGGCGGCAAUAGAUGGAAGGAAAAUGGAAGGGGCUGGAAGAAGAGAACCAAGAAGGUUUUUGAAACUUUACACAGAUCAGUGGUGAUGCCUUAUUUGGGAUUCUCAGCCGUCUGUUUGCAGAUGGCAUCCAAGAGUUCAGUGAUCACUUGGGUAAUUUUUUCUGGGACAUUUUUCCGUCUUCUUUUUGCCUUUGCAAAUGAUUGGUGCCAACAUAGCUUGGAUGGCAGUCACCAUAGUGAUGCUCAUGGGGCUGAAGUCUUAUUCGUUUUUUUUUUUUGUUAUUCUUUUUGUCAGAAAUGGCCAAUAACUUCUUUAAUUACUGCAAGAACUUUGAUGUGCAGAUAAAACUUGUGGGAAUU